AUGGGCUCCCGCGGGCCCUACACGCUGGUGGACACCACGCCCGCCAAGACCAUCCUGGUGUACCGUAACGGGGACCAGUUCUACGUGGGCAAGAAGUUCGUGCUGUCGCGGCGCCGCGCCGCCACCUUCGAGGCGCUGCUGGAGCAGCUGACGGAGCAGGUGGACGUGCCGUUCGGCGUGCGGCGCCUCUACACGCCCACGCGCGGCCACCAGGUGCUCGAGCUGGACGCGCUGCAGACUGGCGGCAAGUACGUGGCGGCCGGGCGCGAGCGCUUCAAGAAGCUCGAUUAUAUUCACAUAGUUCCCAGAAAACCUACAAGGAUGAGGAAGUUGAAAGAAAUCAAGCCGGUGGUACAUUGUGACAUCAGCGUGCCCUCCAGGUGGCAGGCCUGCCAUCGAAUAUCCAGACACAUCAAUGUUUUCACAAAUGGACGAUUGUUUAUCCCACCUAUAAAGAUCAUCAUCCCCAAGUUCAGUCUGUCAGAUUGGAAUAGCGUGCUGGCCACGAUUGGAGAGAAGGUCUUUCCUUUGGGAGGCGUUCGGAAAUUAUUUACCCUGAAUGGAAGUCUGUUGAACAAUUCCAAGGACUUACAAGACAAUCAUUUUUAUGUUGCUGUGGGACUUGAGACCUUCAAGCAUUUUGCUUACUGGAAGUCCCCGAAAGUUCCCAGUGAGGUCCAGCGAAGUUACAUGGACGCUGAAAAACACACACAGAGAAAGAAACAGGUGGAUUCCAAAGUGAGAGAACCUCCUAAACAAGAGAGCCUCCCCCCCAGAACUCAGGACUCUGUUUAUUAUGCCAAAGAAGGAAGGAAGGAAGCUCUGGUAGAACCUUUGGUCCAAACAGGUGCAGAAGGUGAUGUGUACAGAGCACAGACGCCGACCAAGGACUCCCAGGGAGUGCUGCAGGUCAAGGAGGAUGUGGACGUGCUGGUGGAGGUGCCUGUGGACCAGGUUCCAGCUGAAAUAGUCAAGGAAGAUGAAGAGACGCAAGUUACCAGUCCUGACUUUGAAGGCAAUGUGUUCCUCCUGUACAUCUUCCAGUUCCACCUGUACACCUUCCGGUUCCUCCUGUACACCUUCUAG